CCCCUAAAAAAAAAGAUUAACCCGUAACCCUGUUCUUCUCACGCUCGCCGCAACUACCACUUCCCAUCAAAAACCCUAGCCGGCCAGCCCACAUCUCUCUCUCUCUCCCACACACGCUAGCCCAUCCCCAGAUUCCUCCCCAGCGCACCACCUCGCCGCAGCGGAGCCGAGCCCGAUGCCGCCCAAGGCGUCGAAGAAGGACGCCGAGCCGGCGGAGCGCCCCAUCCUCGGCCGCUUCUCCUCCCACCUCAAGAUCGGAAUCGUCGGGUUACCCAAUGUUGGCAAAUCAACUUUCUUCAACAUAGUAACGAAGUUGUCCAUUCCGGCCGAGAACUUCCCAUUCUGUACCAUUGAACCAAAUGAGGCACGGGUGCAUGUUCCGGACGAACGAUUUGACUGGCUUUGCCAACUUUUCAAGCCAAAGAGUGAGGUGGCUGCAUAUCUGGAAAUCAACGACAUAGCCGGUCUUGUUAGAGGAGCAAGUGCAGGGGAGGGUCUGGGCAAUGCCUUCUUAUCCCAUAUACGUGCUGUUGAUGGAAUCUUUCAUGUCUUGAGAGCAUUUGAAGACAAGGAAAUCACUCAUAUUGAUGAUACAGUUGAUCCUGUUCGUGAUUUGGAAACUAUUAGUCACGAACUGAGGCUCAAGGAUAUAGAGUUUGUGCAGGCUAAAAUUGAUGACCUUGAGAAGUCAAUGAAGAGGAGCAAUGACAAGCAACUUAAGAUAGACCAUGAAUUAUGUCAGAGGAUCAUGGCACAUCUCCAAGACGGGAAAGAUGUACGUUUAGGGGAAUGGAAAGCUGCUGAAAUUGAGAUCUUGAAUACCUUUCAGCUGCUUACUGCCAAGCCCGUUGUUUAUUUGGUGAACAUGAGUGAAAAGGACUACCUGAGGAAAAAGAACAAGUUCCUACCAAAGAUACAUGCUUGGGUGCAAGAACAUGGUGGUGAAACUAUUAUUCCUUUCAGCUGUGCAUUUGAACAGAAACUAGUGGAUAUGCCAGGAGAUGAAGCUGCCAAAUAUUGUGCCGAAAACCAGACGAUAAGUUUGAUCCCCAAAAUCAUCAAGACUGGUUUUGCAGCAAUUCAUCUCAUAUACUUCUUCACUGCUGGUCAUGGCGAGGUGAAGUGCUGGCAGAUCAGACGUCAAAGUAAAGCUCCGCAAGCUGCUGGUGCAAUUCACACUGAUUUUGAAAGAGGCUUCAUAUGUGCCGAGGUAAUGAAGUUUGAAGAUCUAAAAGAGCUGGGCAGUGAAUCUGCUGUAAAGGCUGCUGGGAAGUACAGGCAGGAAGGGAAAACAUACGUGGUGCAGGAUGGAGACAUCAUCUUCUUCAAGUUCAAUGUUUCUGGAGGUGGAAAGAAGUGAUGAAUUCAUCACAGGGUCGUGUAUUUUAGCAUUUUCGAGUUCACCCAGGUACUAUCAGUACUGAUUGCAGACUGUGCGGGAAGGGUAUAAGCACCAACUGGAAGGGAGGAAUAUAUAAAUUUUCGUUCACUCUGCUUUUGAAAGUACUCCUCGAUGUUAUGAAGUCAUGUGUGCCAACUGCCAAGUGUACACCUGAACGAUGUUUGAGGCCUCUAUCGGAAAACUGGAAGUUGUAACUUGUGACUGGAUGAGUUUGUCGUAAUUAGGGUGCGAAGUUAUUUGUUAUGCAA